AUGUCAUUCCUGAGACUUGCGAUAUGCGUCGCUGGCGUGUAUUCCAUGUUCCUGCUGUGGGCAAUAGCUCAGGAACGACUAUCCGUACCUUUCGACACCAUUGACGGCAAGUCCUCUGACAAGUUCAACGCGCCUCUCUUCAUGAACACAUGCCAGAGUGCCUUCUGCGUACUAUCCUCGCUCAUAUACUUGCGCAUACGGAGUCCACGGCAUAAGACUUUGCCCGAGAUCCUAGGUGUCGCGCAGUCUUACCCCGUCAAGGAGGCUUCAAACGGUACAUCGAAGACCAAUGGGCACGCUCACCAUGCGAAGCCUGACAACCGCUACUCGCUGAAGUCGCUCCUACUCCGCUACCUCCAGUGCUCGAUCUUCGUCACUUCCGCCGCGCCAUUUGGGUUCGCCGCUCUAUCCUACAUCACCUACCCAGCAAUGGUGCUCGGCAAGUCUUGCAAGCUCGUCCCCGUCAUGAUCAUGAACAUCCUCCUCUACCGACGGCGCUUCGCACCGUACAAGUACCUCGUCGUCGCAAUGGUCACGCUCGGGAUCACGAUGUUUAUGGGCUUCGGCGCGGAGAAGCCGGGCAAGUCCAAGCACGGCUCGAGCGCGGACGUGGGCGACCUCCCGAUGAACAAGCAGUUCAUUGGCAUCGGGUACCUCCUCAUCAACCUGGCCAUCGACGGCGCGACGAACUCGACGCAGGACGAGAUCUUCGCGCGGUACAAGGUUUCGGGACAGCAAAUGAUGUUCUGGAUCAACCUGUUCUGUACGGUCCUCACGUCGUUGAUGUGUGUGCUGCCACUGCCGUACAUCCCCGUGCUGCAUCCCGGGGAGAGCGGGACGACGGAGCUGCACGGCGCGCUGGAGUUCAUUAGGACCCACACAGAUAUUGUCAAGGCUUUGCUGCAGUUCGCGUUGACCGGUUCGCUAGGGCAGCUGUUCAUCUUCGAGACACUGCAACACUUCGGCUCAUUAACCCUUGUGACUGUCACACUCACUCGCAAGAUGUUCACCAUGCUGCUGUCGGUCAUUGUGUACAGCCACAAGCUUACAUUGGGCCAGUGGCUAGGUACUUCUGUGGUGUUUGCUGGGAUCUCCGUAGAAGCAUGGGUGAAGCGGAAAGACGUACACGCAAAACGAGUCCUUCAGGAAAAGGAGAAGGCCAAGAUCAAGAGCCUGUAA